CAAGUCGAGGAGUCCGGAAAUUUGACCAUUUCCUCCGAAUCAACCGGCCGUCGAAUAGGAGGAAGGCGGAGGUAGCUCACUACUUCAAUCAAUGGCCGCCGAUUACCCAUGCCUCACUAUUCUCACUCCCUCCCCGAAAUCGGCCUUCUCGUGGUGCGUGUGAUGGCGUCGGACGAGGUGGAGGUGCAGACAUCGACUACCGAGGACUGCAACCUGCGGCGGCGGCAAAAAAGCGAUAAGGACGGCGCAGAGCACGAGGCGGAAGAAGAUCCGUCGGUGGAGCGGAAUUUCGAGGGGCAGCGCGUGCCGCCCUGGCGCGAGCAGCUGACGGCGCGCGCGCUGGUCGUGAGUUUCCUCCUCUCCGUCAUGUUCAGCGUCAUCGUGAUGAAGCUGAAUCUGACCACGGGGAUCAUCCCCUCGCUCAAUGUCGCCGCCGGCCUCCUAGGCUUCUUCUUCGUCAAGCUUUGGACCAAGGCGCUCGAGCACAUUGGUCUACUGCGCACGCCCUUCACGAGGCAGGAGAACACCGUCAUCCAGACCUGCGUCGUUGCCGCCUACGGCCUCGCUUUCAGCGGUGGUUUCGGAAGUUAUCUUUUUGGCAUGAGCGCAAAAAUUGCUGCCCAGGCAACAGAACAAAAUGAUGCUCAGAAUAUAAAGGACCCUAGCUUAGGAUGGAUGAUUGGAUUCAUGUUCGUCGUUAGCUUUCUCGGAUUGUUCUCUCUCGUGGCCCUUAGAAAGAUAAUGAUAAUUGACUACAAGUUGAUCUAUCCAAGUGGUACUGCUACUGCAUACCUUAUCAAUGGCUUCCACACAUCGCAGGGUGAAAAGCUUGCCAAGAGGCAAGUAUGGAUGCUAGGCAAAUGCUUUAUCGGUAGCUUUUUGUGGGGGUUCUUCCAGUGGUUUUAUACCGCUGGCGAUGAUUGUGGUUUUACAGCAUUCCCUACACUCGGUCUUAAAGCCUACGAGAACAGUUUUUACUUCGACUUUUCUGCUACUUAUGUUGGAGUGGGAAUGAUCUGCCCAUAUUUGGUCAAUGUGUCUGUCCUCCUUGGUGGCAUCCUUUCAUGGGGAAUCAUGUGGCCACUUAUAGAUCAGCAGAAAGGUCACUGGUACCCGGCUGAUAUCCCGCAAAGCAGCUUUCAUGGUUUGAAUGGCUAUAAAGUUUUCAUAGGCAUAGCCAUGAUUCUUGGCGAUGGCCUCUAUAACUUCCUCAAGGUCCUACGUCGAACGAUCUCCACCUUCAUUGUUGCUGCACGCAAGGGUUCUAACACUCUUCCUAUUACAGACAAUGACACCUCUGCCACUGCUUUUGCAUCAUACGACGAUGAAAAGCGAACCGAAGUCUUCCUUAAGGAUCAAAUUCCACUAUGGGUCGCAUAUGUAGGCUACGUGGUGAUUGCUAUAAUCGCCAUUGUUACUCUCCCUCACAUCUUCCCUCCCCUGAAGUGGCACUUCAUCUUGGUUGCGUAUGUCAUUGCCCCAGUUUUAGCAUUCUGCAAUGCCUACGGCUGUGGCCUUACCGAUUGGUCUUUGGCUUCCACCUACGGGAAGCUUGCUAUCUUUGUCGUUGGUGCUUGGGCUGGUUCCGCUCACGGCGGUGUCCUUGCGGGACUCGCAGCUUGUGGUGUCAUGAUGAGCAUUGUGUCAACUGCCUCAGAUUUGAUGCAGGACUUCAAGACCGGGUACCUUACUCUGGCAUCUCCAAGAUCUAUGUUUGUGAGUCAAGUCAUUGGCACUUCGAUGGGCUGUGUGAUCGGUCCAUGCAUUUUCUGGCUUUUCAUCAAGGCCUUCAAAGAUAUCGGCACAUCAGGAAGUCAAUACCCAGCACCCUACGCCAUCAUCUACCGUAACAUGGCAAUACUCGGUGUGGAUGGCUUCAGUUCAUUGCCUCAACACUGCCUCACCCUCUGCUAUAUUUUCUUUGCCCUUGCGAUUAUCAUCAACUUGAUAAGAGAUAUCUCAGGCAAGAAGAUUGCUAGGUACAUACCAAUCCCAAUGGCAAUGGCCAUUCCGUUCUACAUUGGAACAUAUUUUGCGAUCGACAUGUUUGUUGGAAGUACGAUAUUGUUUUUAUGGGAAAGGGUCAGUAAGCCCAAGGCAGAUGCCUUUGCUCCUGCAGUGGCAUCUGGUUUGAUUUGUGGCGACGGAAUAUGGACUCUACCACAAGCUGUGCUCGCCCUCGCUCAAGUAAAGCCGCCGAUCUGCAUGAAGUUUCUCUCGAGGAAUAUGAAUGACAAGGUCGACGAUUUCAUUUCCUCACUUUCUUAAAUAAGAUGAACAAUUGCAUUAGUGUAGAAGAAGUCUUUGUUAUAUAUAGUUAAUAAAUCUGCAUGAUAUUUUAUUGCCUUCA